AACACACACAUGAAAAUUAAAAAUAAAAGCAAAAACAAAAAUUAGAAAAUUAAAAUGGAAACAAAAAAUUUAAAAUUUAAAACAAAAAAUAAAAAAAUUAAAUAAAAAAAUUAAAAAAUAAAAUAAAAUAAAUAAAACAAAAAUAAAAAAUAAAAUAAAAAAACUUAAAUUAAAAAUAAAAUAAAAAAUAAAAUUAAAAAAAUAAAAUAAAAUAAUAAAAUAUAAUAAAAUAUUAAGAAGAUUAAAAUUAAAUAAAAUAAAAAUAACAAUAAUAAAAUAAAAAUUUAAAAAAAAUAAAAAUAAAAAGGAAUAAAAUGUAAAAAAUAAAGUAAAAGAAAAACCUAGGACACAAAUGAAAACACACACACACACACACACACACACACACACACACACACACACACACACACACACACACGUGACAUCCCACGUGACACCCAUCGAGCAACCCCCAUCGCAUCCACUCCCGACCUCGAUUCAACAGCGAACGAUCACCUCCCUCGCUCCACUCGAUGUCUAACCCGUCCGACUCACCAGAGCGCCUCACACAAUCCGACGACGAGCCACCGCCUCCAUCUCCCACCCCAUUGGACGACGCAAGUGGCGACCAAUCAAAGCAGCUCGAUGUAGCAACCCAAGCGCGUCUCGAGGCUCUCCUCGAAGCUGCCGGCAUCGUCUCGAACACUCAGGAGGCACGCAGAGCGCUGGCCGACCCAGGAAUUCUGCGCCGCUUGACGACGUCAGUCUCAUCGGCUCUGGACGAGGCGACCGCCACUCUGUCGCGAAUUCGAGCCGAGAGCGACGCGAGGGGGCCCCCGACGCGCACGUCGCUCGCCGAGGCGUGCGCGAACGGUAACUACGCGGCGGUUAGUCAGUAUUUGAAUGACAAGCGCGGCCUGCAGGAUCUCACUCAAGAGGAGAGCGAGUCGUUGCUCAGUUUGGCCUGUUCGGCGGGGUAUUUCGAGUUGGCGCAGGUUCUCGUGUCGAUGCGGACGGCGAAGGAAGGAGAAGGCGCUCUAAAACAUGAUUCUACGCCUUUGAUGGAGGCUGCCAGUGGCGGUUAUGUUGACAUCGUCAAGCUACUAAACGCACACGGCGCUGAAGUGAAUGCUCAGAGUGAGGCAGGCAACACUGCUCUCACAUACGCAGCUUGCGGUGGCUACGAGGACGUCAUUCAAGUGCUUUUAGAGGCUGGUGCUACGAUUGAAGAGCAAAAUGAGAGCGGCCACACUGCACUGAUGGAAGCUGCUAGUGCUGGCCAUAUUAGCGUCGCUCGACUUCUUCUUACAAAAGGAGCCAACAUCAACAUGCACUCGAAUGAAUUCAAGGAGAGUGCGCUCACGCUAGCAGCAUACAAAGGUCACGCCGAGAUGGUCGAGUUUCUAUUAGAAAACGGUGCCGACAUGGACCACAAGACAGACGAGAUGCAUAACGCACUAAUGGAGGCUUGCAUGGAUGGGCAUGUUGAGGUGGCACGUGUUCUUUUGGAUCACGACGCGUCGGUCAACAUGCCAGCAGACAGCUUCGAGUCGCCGCUCACGUUGGCCGCAUGUGGAGGACACGUGGAGCUGGCCGCGUUGCUGAUAUCAAGAGGAGCCAAUUUGGAGGAAGUUAACGACGAAGGGUACACCCCACUGAUGGAAGCAGCUCGAGAGGGAAACGAUGUCGUUCAACUGUUGGUUGAAAACGGUGCUACUGUGAAUGCCAUCACUGAGGAGACUCAAGAGACGGCUCUUACUUUGGCUUGUUGUGGGGGACUGCUGGACGUGUCGAGAUACUUGCUUGACCACAAUGCUGACAUUGAAUUGGGUGCAUCUACACCUCUCAUGGAAGCAGCUCAGGAAGGGCAUGCCGAUCUCGUCAAAUUCCUUAUAGAGAAAGGUGCUAAUGUGGAUGCAACGACUGCCACGAAUGAUACUGCGUUGACGUUUGCGUGUGCCAACGGCCACACUGACGUGACUGAGAUUCUGUUGAAUGCUGGUGCAGAACUGGAGCACAAAUCAGAAGGAGGUCGAACUCCUUUGAUGAAGGCUGCUCGAGCUGGUCACUUGACAACUGUGGAGUUCCUUGUGUCAAAGGGAGCGUCUGUAAACAUGAAGACAACAAACAAUGAUCACACCGUGUUGUCGCUGGCAUCUGCUGGCGGACACCUGCCCAUAGUGAUGUUGCUAUUGCAGCAUGGUGCAGAUCCUGCACACGUAUUGAAGGAUUCGUCUACGAUGCUGAUAGAAACAUCUAAAGGCGGCCACGUUCAUGUUGCAGCUUUGCUUCUUGAACAAGGUUAUUCUGAUUCACGAGUAUUGCCACCUGCUGCUAAAGGUACUGACGUCAAAGAACUUCCCGGUAUCAGUGGCGGGAGCAUCAAAGGCAAGCAGAAAAAGAAACAUAAAGCAGCACCUCCACCUCAACCAGACUCUAAAGGAAAGCAAGAGAAAGCAUCAGCAUCCUCAGAAAUGUUGCCCCAAGAAGACGACGAAGCAGAUCCUAGAGACACACUGUGUCCAUGUCCGGUACACAACCCUCAGCAUGAGGGUGUGCACGAUCCCACCUCAGCGUGCGAUACCUCGUCAGUCACAACAGCCUCGUUUACUCCACUCCACAUGCUACCAUCACCCGACACUGACCUCUCAGAGUCACAAUCCGUCAUCCCACCGUUCAAGUACCACGAGCAGCACUACCAGCACGACGCCACCAUUUCACCAUCAAGAACUCCGUCAGCGUUUACCGGCUCCACAGCUCUCAUACCAAACAACCAACUACUGACCACGUGUCAUCCGCAGACGCACACGUCUGUAUGUCCGUUAUCGCCGCCGUUUACCACCGAAAUGGAUCGAGAGUUUCCUGUCUCGUCGAGCACACAGUCACCAAAACGACGCGUUACCUCAAUAUCUCCGCUAGCGAUGGACGUCUCAUCUCAACCGACGUCACUGAACGACGGAACGGGCAACGAAGUGAGCACCCGGAACGUGACUGAACGACGAAGUCCCGAAGGAUCGUCCGGAUUCAGCGAACCUGUUCAAGUGUCGAGUGCGUCGCCGCCGCCGUCAUUGUCACCACAAAGCCGGUCAAUGGACUCGAUCCCUGUGAAGCCGUUUACGUUUACUGGAACUCGUCCAGUGGCGGCGGCGUCCACUGCAAGCGAAGAGGAAAGGUUUUGCUUCGAUCCGGAGAGUGUGAUCGAUCCGCUCGCGAAGUUUAGUUCGACGACUGACAGUCUGACGGCGGCGAUACUCAAGAAUCCCGGACUGGUGCACGACUUUAUUAAAGAUCAUCGCGGAUUGCAUGAGUUCUUUCAGAAAUCUCAGACGGGUGACGCUCCGUCGUUGGUGACAUUGCCGCCAGUGGUGGCGGCAGCGGCGGUGAACGUUUUGGACGAGGCGGUUAUGGAUUCUGUUGACGAGAUAAAGGAACGUUUAUACAGAGACAUGGUACCAGUUCAUGACAUCAGGUCGGACGCUUUACAUGUUCCGCCGUCUAGUCCGACAUCUCUUUUGCCGCCAAUGCUGCAUAAUUUGCCGCAAGAUGAGGAUAUGAUGCCGGCUUCUGCUGCUUGCAUGCACGGUGCCCUUGGGUAUGAGGACGACGGGAUGUUGUGUGAGCAGUUGAUGAGAACACCAAUGAGGAAUCUUGCACCUCACGUUCCAGCCAUCGACGUCGACAUGCAGACCGAGAGCAAUCACGACACCGCUCUAACCCUCGCCGCCUCAGGAGGGCAUGACGAGUUAGUCGAGUUGCUACUAGAGAGAGGAGCCGAUUUAGAACACAAAGACAAAAAAGGCUGUUCUCCUCUCAUUCUCGCCUCAACGGCCGGUCACGCGUCGACGUCUGAGAUUCUCCUCCAUCACUAUGCCGACAUCGAAGCUCAGUCGGAUAGAACGAAAGACACGGCUCUGUCGUUGGCAUGUUCGGGUGGACGACAAGAGGUUGUCGAAUUGCUGCUUAAUCAUGGCGCCAACUUUGAGCAUCGGAACAUGUCGGACUACACACCACUCAGUCUAGCGGCAUCGGGCGGAUACGUCGGAAUCAUCAAGACACUCCUACAGCACGGAGCAGAAAUAAACUCAAGAACCGGAAGCAAGCUGGGCAUCUCACCACUCAUGCUUGCCGCCAUGAACGGCCACACAGCCGCAGUCAAGCUCCUCCUCGACAUGGGAAGCGACAUCAAUGCUCAGAUAGAGACCAACCGCAACACAGCACUCACGCUCGCCUGUUUCCAAGGGCGACACGAGGUCGUGAGUCUUCUCGUCGAUAGGAAAGCGAACGUCGAACAUCGUGCGAAGACGGGGUUGACGCCGCUGAUGGAGGCCGCGUCUGGAGGUUAUGUUGAGGUUGGGAAGGUGUUGCUGGAACGGGGAGCCGAUGUCAAUGCACCCCCAGUGCCGUCGUCGAAAGACACGGCUCUGACUAUUGCAGCUGACAAAGGUCAUUCCAAGUUUGUCGAACUUGUACUCGAGUACGGUGCUCUCGUCGACGUACGCAACAAGAAAGGCGCGUCCCCUCUUUGGCUUGCUUGCAAUGGAGGCCACUGGGAGGUUGUACAGCAUCUCAUUAGCUCUGGAGCUGAUCCGGACGCGGAAGACAACCGAGGAGUCUCUUGCCUUGUUGCUGCGUUUCGUAGAGGGCACGUCAAGGUGGUGAAGUACAUGGUGAAGAAAGUGAGUCAGUUUCCGAAUGACGCUGAUGGAACGCGAUUUAUUUCUACCGUGUCGGACAAGGAUCUACUCAAACGAUGCAAACAGUCAAUGGAGAUCAUCCUCACCGCAAAAGACCGGCAGGCCGCUGAAGCCAACAAACACGCAACCAUCCUACUUCAAGAGUUAGAUCAGGAACGUACGAGGGAGGAGAACCGACGUGCGGCCGCCGCCAAGAAGAGAUCGAAGCGCAGACGACAAAAGCAGAAGAAGAAGGAAGAGAAAGAGGAGAGAGAUCAACUACGGAUGCAGCCGAGAACGGCUCCGGAUGGUAGCGAGUCGGAGACCGACAAACAGCCAGGGCAGAGUAGUGAGACAAGCGAUACGGUUAACGAAGGAGACAUAUCGCUAUCCAAAGGUCUGUCUCCAUCAAAACCAACCACAACCAUCCAACUCGAUAUCCAAACCCCACCGCCACCAUCCACCAUACCCGUCACCAUCACCCAAUCAUCAUCCACCCGCCAACCAACAUCACCCGAACCAGAAACACUCACAGUGAGAAAAUCCGUAACCGACGGGAUGGAGAAAGAAGCCACAGUCCCAACCAAUCGACAGUCAAACAAGCCCAAAGGCACUUCAACGGGUAACCAAAAGAGAGGAAGCAGAACGACGCAACAACUGAAGUCGACGUCGCAAAGCACCAGCAGUAAGUCGCCGUCAAGAACCACCGGCAACACGUCGCCACAACGGGCAGUUGUCAUGGCGAUGCAAAGUCCGAGAAGAGGCGGGAAACGAUCGGAAGAAGGUUGGAAAGAAGUCGUACGUAAAGUGAAGAGAAUACCCGUUCCCGGUCACGUCGUGUCUCGUGUGAUGGGUCGGAGUGGGACUAACAUCGUUGCGAUUCGACAAGCUUCUGGUGCUCAUGUAGACGUGGAACGAGGUCGUGCCGGGCAGGAUCGGAUGGUGACGAUAAGGGGGAACACUGAUGCGAUUCGUAUAGCGAGUAAUGUUUUGAUGGCGCUCAUGAAGGAACCGGAAUGUGACGUGAGCGAGUUGCUGCCUGGGAAGCAGAGUCAGGGGGGUGUGAGACGAGGGAGUGGAGGGAGUGGGACGGGUGGGGUGUCAAAGGUUCAUCAAUCUCAAGUGGUGCAACAAGCAGUGGGUGUGAAGAGUCAUCCAGUGGCGAAGCCUGGUCAACCUGCUCAGACGCAGACGUCUCGACAAACGGGCGUCUCGCAAAUCUCCGCCAUCAUCACCCAACCACCAAACGCACCCAUUCUCAACCGACCACCAAUCCAACCCCCAACCACUCAACCAAUUUCCACUCCUCAGGCAUCAUCAUCACCCCAACCAUCUCAAGGAGUCAAACGUCAAUUGUUCUCCGCCGCUGCGGCUCCCAAACCGUCGACUCAAUCACGAGCCGCGUCGCUCACUGGCCCGCCCACCACCCACCUGACGAACGACCAGCUGCAGAAGUAUUCACGGUCGGUCAGCGUUCCCACGACGAUGACGAGCACGUACCCCAAUCUCGUCGUGUCGAGUCUCUUCUCACAAGUCGCGCAGACGCGAAGUCCGAGCGUGUGGAGCACGGCUAGUAGUCAGAAGGGACAACAGAAGAACACGAUACCGGAAGACACUCAACUUCCGGUCACGACACUCGGUCCCAUCGGAUCGUCCCCGCCCACGGCUGCGGUCUCGUCGACGCAAGCGGUCAACACCAUUACGCCUCCGUUAAGUCACUUUGAGCCAUUGAUUACGCAGACGCCUUCCGCGUCGUCGUCGAAAGCUCCGUCUCCCGUGCCGUCGCCGAGGCCGUCGUCGCCGCGUGUUGCUUCGCCGGGAGCCGUCGGGCAACGAGAGACAAGGACGAUCGCGCCGAUUGGAACGGAGAGAGCGCAUGAAACGAAUCAGGAGAAGCAAGAGAAACAGAAGUCGCCGUCUCCUUCUGGGAGUGACAAGCAAGAGGAGCGACAGACUCCGGCUCCAAUCGGAACCGGACGAAGUCGACAGCAACCGUCGCAAAAGAUCAAGACGUUGGACGAUGGCGGCAGCAUCAAACCGAUCGGAACGGAACGAACUCACCGUCAGUCAGGAAACGUACCGACUGCUAUUGUUAAUCCCGGAUUUCCAACAAGUCGAGAACAACCGAGUCUGAAUCCACAACCGACCACUGGAGUGUGGGCAUACCCGACGACAAGACGAGAUGUUGCGGACUGGAGUAUGCAGCCGACUGCAGUUGCAUCCAUGUCCACAUCGCAUCCCGUUUUGUCUCAGUAUGUCAGCACCUCAUACAGUAACAGUACAAGAGGAAGGUCGUUGGAAUCGCUCGCUAGUCUUCUCGAUCGUCUCUCCCUCUCUAAACAUCUCAACUUGUUCCAACGGAACGAGAUCGAUCUAGACGCUCUCAUGCUCAUGUCAGAGAAGGAUUACGCUGAGAUUGGAUUACCCAAGGGUCCUCGCAUGAAACUACUCAACGCCACAGGCCGCCUAGACGAGACGUGUCCACCUGAUCAGUAUCCCUCCCAGUUACAAUCUCCAGUCAGUGUCACAUAUUCUCGUCCGACCGAAGACUCCAUUCCCGUUUCACAACAUCACGUGCUCUUUCCGGCAACAGGCAUGCCGUCGACGAUUGCAGCAGCGGCGAGUAGAGCGUGGGCGUCUGUACCACCCGUUCAGACAACGUCCUCGAUGAGUGGGGAAUCGGCAUUGGAAGGCAACGCCACACAACAAGCUCAAGGACAACAGCAGUGUCUGUGUGGGUUUACUACAGAUCUGAGAUGCUAUUCUGACAUCAUGCAAGUUGUGCUAGUGCAUGUGACGAUGCAAGUUGUGGUAGUGUGA